CUAUCUUCAUCAUUCUCUUCAUCAUCGUCAUCAGCAGUCAUGAUCUCUCAUUCUCUCCUGCUGGUUCUGCUGGUUCUCGCCUGCCUUCAGUCCUUCACAACAGCCAACAAUGGAAAUGAAGUAGAUCAGUGCUGUUUCAGAUUUCAGAUACGACCAAUCCCUGUAAGAGUCAUUACAGCUUAUGCAGUAACAGAUUUUCGGUGUACAAAACCUGGAGUCAUCUUUACUCUACAGGACGGUCGUCAUGUGUGUGCAGAUCCCAAAUACAAGUGGGUGAAGCAUCACAUGGACAAAAUUGAUCAGCGUCUGUUUACCAGUCUGAACAACACUGAAGGGAGUGCUUAGAACCUUAAACAGUUUAAAUCCUCUCUCCAUUAAUUCAAU